AUGGUCAGCAUGGAAUGGGACCCCGACUACGUCCCCGGCGUCAAGCUGGGGCUGCAUUCCUUCCAAAUCAUCCUGUCCUUUACGGUGUGGUGUCUCGAAAUCGCCACGUUUGUCGCAAAGGACGCCAAGAUUGUCGGCAACAAUGCCUGGACCUUUUCAGUGUGCUUCCUGUCCAUUCCCGCAUGGAUCUACCUGAUCAUGACGCCGCGCUUCUCCCGCGCCCGCAAGUUCGCCGAGCCGCACGCCAUGCUCGUCGUCGACCUGCUCUUCACCAUCAUAUGGCUGUCUGCCUUUGCGACGCAGGCCGCCUACAACACGUCCGGCCUGUGCGGCAAGGGCUGCAGCCUGAGCAAGGCCAUUGUCGCCCUGGGCGUCUUCAUCACCCUCUUCUUCGCUGGCUCGACCGUCGUCAGCGCCUACACCCUCCAAUACUACAAGUUCCACGGCACCCUCCCGGGCUACGACACGCGCAAGAUCCGCGGCGGCGACAACAACAACAUCGACCCAGACAAGGCUGCCUUUUCCAUGGCGCCGCACGACGAGGAGGCCUACGAGCGCGUCAACAUGGACGACCAUGACCACGACCACGACCAUGACGACCGGCCGUACGGCCACUCCAACCCCUACAGCGCCACUGCCGACGACGACGACCCCAACCGCUACGGCGCCCUGCCCCCGCGCCAGGACCCCUUCAACGCCGACACGGAGUACAGCUCAGGAGGCGCCGGCGUGCCGCCCCUGUCGAUGCCGUACGGCGGGGCGGGCUCGGCCUCGCACGUCUCCUACUCGGACGAGCCGGCCAAGUUCCCCGCCGGCAACUACGACCGCGUGCAUCCCUGA